AUGUCAAUAACACGUUCAUUUCUAGAACCCAAGGAACUGUUGAUGUUCUUCCCGCAAAAUUUUCCCUCUAUGAAAGUUUCAAAGAACAAGGUUUUAGGGACAGCUCAGAAGCUAACUGGUACUAAAGAAAAUAUUUGGGUGGACGUUGACAUCGGCGAGCCAGAGCCAUGGAGUGGACUUAUAAUCAAAGCGGGUGUGUAGGCAUGUUGUAUAUUGAAAGCUUUUCUUAGUGAUGAAAUCGGCUUGGAAAUAGCUGUCACUUAGUGCAACUCGGAAAUUUUCCGCGACUUCUCUUUUCCCUGUUGUGUUUAACAUUCUAACAGCUGGAAAUGAAUAAAUCAGAAUUGCAAAAGCAUAGGGAAGUUUCAGAUCUGUGCGUCUGAUUGUGGAUCUUACUAUUUUGUAAACAAAGCGCGAACUGAGGACACCGACCGUGGGAGCACAGAUUAAGACAAAAGCUGAACACAUCUAUCAAUCCAUCAGGCAUUUUUUCACGUUUAUUUGCAGAAGAAAGCGAUUAAACGUGCCUUUUUUAUAUCCACCUCCAGAGGCCUCCGAUCAAUGCUGAUAAAUUUCUUAUCAAAUCGAAUAACUGAUACAAAAGUCUACGUUCCAACAGGGGUGCCAGAGCAACUGCUGACCCAUAAGCAUCAAAUUCAAGAUGGCGGAUUUGUCAGUGCUCUAGAUCUUUUGACAAAUCUUCAGAGUGCACUGUAAAUUUGUUGUAGGUUGCACAGGGUAAGGAGAAAACGUAUACUUUGUUCAAAGUUUCAUGCCAACUCUCCGACUCUCUCUAACCUUGUAGAAUGAUAAGAUAAGAGUUAAUUUUUCUUCAAUUUAAUCUUUAAUGACUUAAGUUGAGAUUCAGGUGGAGAUACAUGUACACAGUGAUUCAGAGGAGGACAGUCCUUUUAACAAGGUCCGACCUAGCUUGUGUCAUGCCUUUCAUUUACUUUAAACAAUUACUGGUUUUAAACAAACAGGUAUCUUUUUCGUGUUGGCUGACAAUUUCUUUUUAUCUGAUCAUUUUCUUUCAUUUCAGACACACGAUGCUACCCAACAGGUUAUUUGUGUUAGCAAUACAUGUAUCAAUCUGAAAAGACCAGGAAAAGCAAAUUCUGGAGGUUUACUUAUAAUGUGUCAAUUGUCUCAAAGGGCAUCAUUUUGUAUAUAAAAUCCGUUCAAACUGGGUCCAAAAUUUGAGGUCUGAGCAGCACAUACCCAUCCAAAAUCUACAUGAGGCCCCUUCCCUUGAUUACUCUCAGGUCUUUUUGACGUGAGUGAUAGUUUCACAUGCACUUGGAGAUCAUGCCAAUUGUGCCAUCUAUUGGUGUAAGUACCUAAAAUAUCCAGUCAGCUACCAGCACAACACACUACUUCAUGGCAAAGAUCUGGAGCGAGAAGACUUGAAAAAGGACCUCCAACAUACCAUUUAGAAAUUUACUGUGGCAAAGCAGAAAAGCUGGCUCCACUUGGCUCCAGCCAAGCUAAUGAAGCAUUAAAUAACACCAUUGGCAGCAAAGCCCCCAAAACAGGCAUCAUAGAUCAAGUGAGAGCAAUGACCAUCAUGUAG